AAAUGAUCUGGCCCCUGAUGGUACCAUUUGAACACUCAACAAAAUGUUUGCUUUUUACCAGAUUGGUAUAACUGCUACAAUAGCCUUUUUAUAUUUGUCAGCAGAUUGCUUGGAUAUAGGUUCAGAAAUUAUCGGAGGUAAAGACGUUAAGCCCAAUUCAAGACCAUGGAUGGCCUCUAUCCAAAUUGGGAAUUUUCAUAUCUGUGGAGGUGUCUUGAUCAAAGACCAAUGGGUUUUAACAGCAGCACACUGUUCUUGGUCGUUCAAAGAUGAGGAGACUGUGGUUCUUGGAGCUCACAACCUCAAAAAGGAAGAAAAAUCUCAGGAAAGGUUGAAAAUUGAGAAAACUGUCAAAUAUCCAGAAUUUGACAAGCAUCCAAAAUUAAAUGAUUUAAUGCUGAUUAAGUUGAAAACAAAAGUAAAACUAAACAAAAAGAUUAAAACUCUGAGUCUUCCAAAGUCUGGGAAAGACAUCAAGCCUGGAGUGAAGUGCAAAGUUUCUGGAUGGGGAAUAACUGUUAACAACGCCCAAGAAGGAUCAGAUACACUUAAAGAAGCAGAUGUCGCUGUUAUAGACAGGAAAGUCUGCAACAAGUAUUACAAUGGAAAUCCUAAUAUAACUAAGGACAUGUUAUGCGCUGGUGAUAAAAAAGGAAAAAAAGAUGCAUGCACUGGAGACUCUGGUGGUCCACUCAUUUGUAAAAAUACAUUCACAGCAAUUGUCUCUGGUGGAAAUAAUUGUGGAAACCCAGAAAAGCCUGGUGUUUACACACUUCUGUCAGAUAAAUAUCUACCCUGGAUUUCCAAGACUAUCCAAGCAAAUGCUAACAUUACAAAGUAAAAGAAAAAAAACAUGUGUGAAAUAUGUAGUGCAUUUGUGAAUCAAAAAAUAUAGAAUUUGAAUAUUUUCAUAUCUAAUUGUUUUACAUUAGCACAUAUUUCUAAUUGUAAUUUAUACUGAAAGUUCAGUAUAACUGUAAUCCAAAGUUUUAAAAUCCAUUUCUUGAAGGCCUUUUACUUAUUUUAAUUCAUGUUCUACAGAUUAUUCAAGUACAACAAUGUAGUUCAAAAACAAUAAACAUGUUUCUUGAUGGAAUAUAAUCACUGCUUGCAGUAACCAUUCGAGUGAGAUCUAAACCACAGGAAGUGGUUUUGUACCAGGAAGAAGCAGAGAUUUACUUCUAGUGUUGACUUUUGUAUAAAUUGCAUAAAAAAGCCAAAUAUC